AUGAUCAAUAGUCACGUCCUCCAGCAAGCUUCUGAAAUAGCGCAGUCACCUCGAUUCACGUUUCAGACGACUCAGCUACCAGCCAAGCCUCGCCAGGUCGACGUCGAUGGCACACUCGCAAAGCGUGGCCGAAGAAAGAUCGUACUACACAAGCGCAUCUUCCAGGGCACACAGCUAUCGCUCAACGGCUUCUUCAUCUUCUUCACCUGGUACUUUGCCCAAUACUGGUACGUCAUACUGCCAAUCAUCUCGGCUGCUAUCGCUCUGAACGUCGUCAUGAUCAUUUCCCUGAUCUGCAAGCGGACGUGGACUGCUAUCCGACCGGAAGAGAAGAUCACGCCCGAGACCCCGGAGUCUCUGGUCUACAUUGUUCCCUGCUACAACGAGACCAAGGAAGAGUUGACUCGUUCCCUGGACUCGCUCAUUGCGCAGCAGAAGGUCGACGAUCACAAACAGGCGAUCGUUAUCAUCUGCGACGGCAAAGUACGUGGACCUGGCAUGGAGAAGACCACUGCAGACUAUCUGCUCGACGAUAUCCUCAAGGAUCGGACACUCCGCAAGCGCAUUCCGGGGGGUUAUACCGCAUGGGACAGCCGGCCGAUGGAUGUCACUGUGCAGAGCGGGCGAUACAAGUCUCUGCCAUAUUUCUGCAUCGUCAAGGAACAGAACCAAGGCAAGCGCGAUGGCCUUAUCGCAGUCCGCUCUUUCCUCUACAACUUCAACCGACGACAGGAGAAGCCUGCCACUAUUAUGAACCAAGAAUACUUCGAUACCAUGGCUUCGUGGAUGCUCCAAGACGCCGGCAUCGAGCAUGUCGACGACCUCAUCGGCAUGGACGCAGACACCGUCUUUGCCGACGAAUGUGCCUACGAACUCGUUCAGACCAGUCGAUUCAAAGGCACCAUGGGUGUGGCGGGUUACGUUGCUGUCGACUGGAAGAACAAACUGUGGGGUUUCUGGCGACUAUACCAGAACACGGAGUACACCAUCACUCAAUGCCUGCGUCGACUCCAUCAGGGUAGAGUGACCCACAAAGUGUCCUGCUUGCCGGGCGCCUGCCAACUCCUCAAAAUCUGCGAGGAGACCUGCGGUGACCGCGUGCUGUUGGAGCUGUUCGGAAGAUGCCCAGACUUCAAGGACGGAUUACUCAAACACAUUCAAGCAUCGGCCUCGGAGGACCGGAAUCAUGUGUGCCAUAUGCUCACGGCCCGACCAGAGUCCAAGACCAGACAGGCACUGAGAGCCAAAGCAUACACUGAUGUGCCCGUCACCUGGGCUGUAUACCUCUCUCAACGACGGAGAUGGAGUCUCGGUGCGACUGGUAACGACUGGCUUCUCUGCUGGGCACCGGGUAUGCAGUGGUUCGAACGGAUUCUUUCCAUUGUAUCCGCUUUGACUUGGUUUCUCACGCCGUUUGUGUUCGCGGCUUAUGGCAGCUUUAUUUAUGCUAUUGUUGUCCACCCUUCGACCACGCUGCUUGCGAUCACAUCCAUCAUGCUGGUCCCGAUCGUCUACUACAUUUGUAUCCCGGCGUGGCACGCACAGUCUUGGAAAGAAGUCUUCCAAUUCUGGACAGGCUUGCUGAUCUACAUCUUUUUUGGACCGUUCUGCAGAAUGAUUGUGCUGUGCUAUUCGGUCAAGAAUAUCGACUCGUUUGGCUGGGGCAAGACGAGGCAGGUUAUUGCAGAGGACGGGGAGAAGAGCGGGAAGCUGGCACCUGCAGGGCUCCCAGACCAGACGAAAUCGACCGAGUCGUUACCAGAGCGGUCGCCUUCGGUCGGCGAUGAUCACCUGAAUGAGACUGCGAGAGACAUCGGUGACGAAGAGAAGACCGUUGGGACAUGA